AAUUAUUUAUUAGGCAAUGGUAUUCAAUCCGCACGCUAGUAUCAGAAUUUAAAAUGUUACAAAAGUUAUAUUUUCUAAGUGUUCUAGCUGUAAUUUUUGCUGAUAAAGUUAGAUACAAUGAUUACACUGUAUACAAAGUUGUACCUAAAGAUGAAGAUGGUCUUUUGUAUUUGAAGAAAUUGUAUAUGGAACCAGGCGCUUUAACCUUUUGGAGUGUACCCAAUGUAAUUGGAAAUGAUGUUAGUGUUUUGGCAUCACCUGAAGCAAAGGAAGAUUUUGUGGCGGCUUUGAUUGAGAAAAACAUAAACGUUGAUGUAGUAACGCAGAAUGUUCAAGAAGAUUUGGAUGCCCAAACAAUAAUACGACGUAAGAGGAGUACCAGUCGAAAUGAAAUCUUCUACGAUGAGUUCAACACUUUAGAAGAUAUCUACAGUUAUUUUGACCAUCUAGCGGAGACAUAUGAUUUCGUGUCCACUUUCGUUGUUGGGACGUCUUUUGAAGGAAGAAAUAUAACUGGUCUUAGAAUAGCAAGAACUAGUAGUAGAAGGGUAUUCAUACUCCAAGGCGGCGAAAUAGGAGCUGAUUGGCUAUCGCCUACUCUGGUGACGUAUUUAGCAGAUCAGCUCAUCAAAGGGGAAGAUCCUGAGGCGUUAGCUGCUUCCCAGGACUUUGAGUGGCACAUCAUUCCUGUCGUCAACCCUGAUGGAUUUGAAUAUACACAAAAUCAUGACAGAUUAUGGACGAAAAAUAGAAGAAUUGACAACAGGAAUCCAACCGGUGUUGAUGUUGUGAGAAAUUGGAAUUCGCAUUGGGGAAUCUUUGGUGGCAGUUUUGUCAACACAGAUUUCAAUUACAUAGGUCUUGGACCAUUCUCCGAACCAGAAACCAGAGCUGUAUCCAGUUACAUCGUGUCCCUAGGUCCACGAGUGACUGGCCUCCUCUCCUUCAGGAUGUUUGGUCAGCGGUUCUUGAUACCCUUCGCCCAAUCACAGAGUGGCAACUACAAUAAUGAGGAAAUGAUAACAAUUGCAAGAAGAUCUCUGGGUUCAUUGGCUGUAAAGUACAACACGCUAUAUCUCGCUGGAACUUCCAAUCUAUUUUGGGAUGGGUCGACAGGAACCAUCGGUGAUUGGGUAAAGUACCGCUUCAACCCACCAAUCGUAGGGACGUAUCUCUUGAGAGGCAAUACGUUUGUCCUUCCAAUAACACAAGUUCUACCAUCGUGUGAAGAAACCUUCGACUCUGUGAUGGCCAUCUUCAGAGAGGCCAGAUUUAUUGACGUGCUUUGAUGUGAUUGAAGUUGUUUAUUUAUUAAUAUUAAAAUGUCGCUUUCGAUUGAGA